GGAUGGCUGACAGAAAUCGUACAGGUUGUUUUUUCCUCAGUUGAUGUUUUUCUAACGUACCGAGUAGAUCGACCGUUUGUUCAACUACAGCGAAAAUGUAACGCGCGUUCAUGAAUUGCAUGGCGGUUUUCUAGUGUUUGAAAUAAUUCGAGUGUGCGGAUCAGUGCUAGAUAAGCGAGUGAAACUGUAGCCGCCCUAAACAUGGGAGUCGUGUUGCCCCCUUUGGAGUUUACCGAGUGUCUCAGUGAUAGCCCUUAUUUCAGGGAGAAUUUACAUAAACAUGAACGAGAGUUGGAGAAAACCAAUCAGCAAAUUAAGAGGAUAACUAAGGAAGUUAAGGACCUUUUGACGGCUGCUAAACUUGGAGAACGCCAAUUCCUCCGUUCUCAAGCCACUGGAGGAGUUUCGGAAAAAAUACAUCGGCGGCGUGAAAAGCGAAAAGAAAAAGUUCGAGAAACAGACUGCAAAAUUUUGCCAAAAUCAAGAAAGAUACCUAAAUAAAACCACGAAAAAUCCCAACACAUUACAAGAGGCGGAUGCUUCGGUGGACAUGGCCGAAAGACACUUCUAUGCGGCCAGCAUGGACUAUGUCUAUUUAAUUCAGGAGGUUCAUGAAAGGAAGAAGUUUGAAUUUGUUGAGACUCUCCUGACCUUUGUCUAUGCUUAUUUCACGUUUUAUCAUCAGGGGCACGAAAUCAAAAAGGAUUUUGACCCUUUUAUGAAAGACUUGCAAUCGAAAAUCCAGAAAACUCGAACGAAUUUUGACGACUUCAGUGAAAAACUCAAAAAGCGAAUGUCUGAGGUACAAAAGCAAGAGGUCCCACCGAGCAUUUCUAAAGGAUGUAAAGAAGGUUACUUGUUUUUGCUCGAGAAAAUGUUGUCAGCAAGAGCGAUAAGAACUUGAUGAACGUGAGUAAUCUUGGUGUGUGCUUCGGGCCCACGCUGCUGCGCCCCGAAGAAGAAACAGUGGCCUCGAUAAUGGAUCUAAAGUUCUACAACAUUGUGGUGGAAAUCCUCAUUGAAAACUACGAGAAGUUGUUCUUUAGCGAGCCGGAUAAGGGUCGAGUGCCGCCAAGCAAUAAUGUGCUGAACGGGCCUCCGAAGUAUGGGCACUUGUCGCCCAAUAAUCACCUACCAACCGACGCCAAUGAUAUCUAUGGGAGCCAUAAUAAGGUCUAUGUGAAUAGCCAUUCGGUGAGGGUUUCGCCCAGCUAUAGACAGCCUCCUGGAUAUAACCCGAUGCCAUAUACCUGUACGGUUUCGUCUUAUAUAGAGCAACCGCUACCGGGAAGCCAUUAUUCUUCGCAUGAACCCAUUUCGGACAGUGUGAUGUAUGGGAUGACGCGCAAC